AUGCCGACAUGUAAGUACGAUGGCAAGACUGAUCCGGAGGAUCACAUAUCGACCUAUGAAGGACAUAUGCUGCUUUAUACUGAUACCGACUCGGUAUGGUACAAGGUGUUCCCUUCCACUCUGACGGGGCUGGGACAAACAUGGUUCAAGAGUAUACCACCGGCAACCGUCUUCGACUUCCGCCAACUCACAUCCAUGUUUGUAACACACUUCGUAAGUAAUAAAUGCCGUGAGAAGACAACCGGCGAGCUGAUGUCGAUCAAGCAAGGCGAGAAGGAAAGCCUGCGGGAUUACGUAGGGCGUUUCAACCCUGAAGCUGUCACCAUCCCUACGCUGCAGCAGGAGGUGGCGGUCUUAUCCCUCAUGACGGGAUUGAGAGAAGGGACUCCUUUUCGAAGUUACCUUGGCCGAAAGAAAAUGACAUGUCUAACGGAGGUCUUAGGAAAGGCAAAUGACUUCAUUAGAGGCGAGGAAUUCGACAAAGUGGCUAAUGCUAAAAGGCCGGCAGCAGUAGAGAAGGAUAAAGAAAAGGAUAAAGAUAAGGAGCACCGUGACGACAAGUACCGGAAAGAUAGAAAGUCCGAUACCACUGGCAGAAGAGAGGAAAACAAUUUUGUGAAAAAAGGAUUUGAGGGCCGCCCGGACAAAUAUCAUAACUAUAAACCACUAACGAUAUCACGGGCUCGGAUAUUUGAAUUACACAGUAAGGACGAUAAGUGGCAAAGACCCAGAAAAAUGUAUUACAAGGGCUGA